GUAUUCAUCUUGUGCUGAAAAACCAAAAUGGCAGCGGCCUCGGAGAGGAACGGUGAAGUUGAAUAUGAGAAUCUUUACGCUGUUCUUGGCAUUGAUGACAAGGCAAGUAUCGAUGAUGUGGAACGUGCAUAUAAAAAAUACAGCCGACUGUACCACCCAGACAAACAUCUAGACCCAAAAAGCAAGAAAUCUGCGGAGACUCUCUUUAACAAAGUGUCUGAAGCAAGAGAUAUUCUUGCAGACCCCCAGAAAAAAUAUGUAUAUGAUACAUUGGGCAGGCAAGCUGUUGAUGAAAUGGAGUCUUGGGUUGUCCCUAGGAAUAAAAGACCUGAAGAGAUGUACCAGGAAUAUGAACGUAUGAAGAAAGAAGAAGAGGAGAGAAGAUUACAACAAAAAACAAAUCCAAAGGGUUCUAUAAAUGUGGGGAUAGAUGCAACAGACCUUUUCGAUAGAUAUGAUGAACAAUUCUUCAGUGGUCUUCCAACAAUAGAGAUUAGUCAGAUGUCAAUUUCACAAUCCAUAGAGGCCCCCCUCACCCUGACUGACACUGCAACCCUUGGGGGUACCCUCUCAGCUAGUAAUGGAGUAGGUGCUGGCAAUGUCUCAGCCUCGUUUCGGCGUAUGACAUCACAUAAUGGUUGGGGAGAGGUGGAGGUAGCAGCAGGCAAUGGGGCAUCAUUUAGUAUGAGGGGCUUCAGAACUCUAUGGAGUAGGGGAUAUGGUACAAUGGCAGGAACAUUUCAAUUCACCCCACAUGGUAUAAGACCUGGUCUCACCACAGUUUUAGCUCAGCAAUUAGACAAGAAUAUCCAUGGAAGGCUCACAUGGAAUGUUGGAUUAAUGUCCAGUAUGAACACAACAGUCACAUGGGACAACCAGGUCCACCAUCUAGCAGUUAUAAUGCAGCUGGGAAUCCCAACGUGUUAUGUGGCACUCAACUACUUCAGGAGAUUUCAGGAAGAGGAAGCUAAACUGCGUCUGUCCUUGAAGGCUGGAACAUUUGGUGCUUUAUUGGAGUAUGGUGUAGAGAAAAAGAUAUCUCAGUUUAGUAUCCUAGGAGCCACCAUUAUUGUCGGCUCCCCAGUGGGUGUCACGUUGAAAAUAAAACUUAACAGGGGUAACCAAGUCUACCUGUUCCCCAUACAUUUAUCAGAGCAGAUUAUCCCCAGUGCCCUCUUCUAUGGCUCUGUGAUUCCAGUCUUGACAUACUUUGCAGUGAAACAACUCCUUGUGAAGCCUUUUUUAAAGGAACAGAAAGACAAGGAGCUAAAGGAACAGAAGCAAGAGAACAGAGAGAGGUUACAGAAGAAGAAAGAGGAGGCACGAGAAGCAAUUCUACUAAUGAAGAAUAAAAUAGAAUCAAUAAAGCAGGCAGAGAAAUUACUUGGUUUGAUCAUUCUGGCGGCCAAAUAUGGAAAAAUAUAUACAAGCGAGGAGUCCAGGCAUUUGAAUGAAGAAUGCUGUAUAGAUGUCACUGAUCCACUGUAUGUAUUGAUAGACAACCAUAAGCUGAUAGUCCCGGGAGGAGUCUCUAAGAGUGGCUUGGAAGGGUUCUUUGAUCCAUGUUACGGCGAAGAGAAACAACUUUAUGUGAAAUACAUGUUUAGAGAACAGAUCCAUGAAGUCAUAGUAGGGGACAAAGAAAAACUCAGGAUACCCCUGGCAGCCCACCUACUGGACCAGAGUAAUAUACCUAAUAAUACAGACAAUGCCAGGUGAAGCCAAUUUGACAAAACUUAGGCCAUUUAGGAAAUUGCUGGACUGUGAAAUAUGCAGGAAUUCUGUGAUCCUAUGUACAAUGUACAUGCAUAUCCCAAUAUCAGAAAACUAUGGAAUAUCAGAUAACUAUGGAAUAUGGAUAUUUCCAAUCGCUACAAAGUAAAUAUAGAAAUAGAGUGACAUAUAAACAUGGACAAGUCUAUGAUAUAAAUAAUUUCUUUAUAUGUCAGAGACAUCAUGGGAGCUGAGAAAAACUACAUGCUCCGAGUCAUAUGGAGAAAAAUUUUCCCAUGAGACACCAACAGAGAUUUGUUUUUCAUGAUGUAUUUAACAUGUAUUGACAUUAUAAAUAUGAAUUUUGAAUAUGACACAGAAUAAUAAAGGUCUAUUUGUAAUAUGCAUUCUAUGCAAGUCAUAUGGGCCAAUCAGAUCACUUGAAAUUAAAUAGAAUUUUUCCAAUUUGGAUUGUUUGCCAUAAAAUGGUAAAAACUCAUAUUUGAAUGGACAUGUACAAG